ACGAAUUGAUCGCAUCUGCGAUGUAAAAAAUUAAGUUUGGAACUUGGUAUCAUCUCCAUCCUAACAUGAUGGAGCUGAAGGUGUGGGUGGAGGGAAUUCAACGCAUUGUGUGUGGCGUUACAGAGACUACUACCUGUCAAGAUGUGGUAUAUGCACUUGCUCACGCUACAGCUCAGACAGGUAGAUUCACUUUGGUGGAGCGUUGGAGAACCAAUGAACGUUUGCUAGCACCAUAUGAGAAUCCUCUUAAGAUUUUGAUGAAAUGGGGUGAAUACUCUUCAGAAGUUCAAUUGAUUCUGAGACGAUCUACGCCAGAAAAUAACAAAACAAAUGCAUUAGCAUCACGACCAACGUAUACAUCACGUCCAAAUGGAUUACCAAUUUCAUUACCUGAGCAUGGAACAGCUACUGCUGGUAUACAGGAUGAGAGCAAAAAUGUGUCAACUACACAAAAUUCAGAUUUUGAUGAUACGCAAGGAGGAUUAGAGAGGAAUAGAGAUACAAGGAAAUCACUUACAUUUAGUGGCUUUCAUGGAGGAAUUACAGAAGGUAGCAUAGAG